AUGUCUGCAGACCUUCUGAGCAAUCUUAAAUUCGAUCUUUCUUCGCUAAGAGACAUUCUUCGGGAUCUUCUGGAUCUAUCCAAAAUCACACAGGAUAGCCUCCAAUUUACCGUCCCCUACCUCGGUACCUCAGAAGGGCCAGGAUACCCAGCCACCCUCUCUAAACGAAGUCGUAUGGACGGAGUAACGUUGGGCGGCAAAAAAGAAGUACGGAGUAAGAAAAAAUCAAAAAUAGCCUCGCCCGGCCCAUACCGCAUCGCCUCCCAAGCCAUAAAAGUAAACGAUCGUUCUCCCGAUGGCCACAUGGAUGACGGACACUUGGUGGAAUUUGGUAUGUGGCCAUAUACUCUUAGAUAA